GGGAGCAUUUUGCAGGAGAUAUUUUGAGAGUGGAGCUCUACCAUUUCACAUGAGAGAGUAGAGGAAUGACGAGGGCUUCCUUUACUUUAUCUUCCUCUUCUUCGCUUAUCCCCUCUCCGACUUCUAUUGGUGGUCGCCGUCGUAUCAUCACCGGCGCCGGCGUCGGCCUUUGCUGCGCUGUGGCCGCCACAAGCUCUUCUUCUAGGAUUGCAUUUGAGAAGAAGAAACAGUGGAAAGAAGGUGAAUACCCAGGUUUCUCUGAAGUUUCCGUUUCCCACCUGAACAACAAGAAGGGGAGUAGGACCCCUAUUAACAAAAAAAUCCAUAGAAAGAAUACCGCCAAUCCUUGGGUCAAUACUGUUCCUGAAGCUCUUUCUGAUUGCAUUGAUAAAAAGCAAUGGCAACAAGCCCUUCAGGUAUUUGAGAUGUUAAAGAAGCAACCUUUUUAUCAACCAAAAGAAGGUACUUACAUGAGGCUCCUUGUUCUUCUUGGAAGAUGUGGGCAACCAGGACAGGCUCAACAGCUUUUUGAUUCAAUGAUUGAAGAGGGACUCGAACCUACUUCAGAACUUUAUACGGCCUUGAUUGGUGCUUAUUGUAGAAGCAACAUACUUGACAAGGCAUUUUCUCUUCUUCAUGCCAUGAUUGACCUACCUCAUUGUCAGCCAGAUGUUUACACUUACAGUAUAUUAAUCAAGGCAUGUGUAGACGCUAGCCGAUUUGAUUUGGUUGAGUCACUUUAUGAACAAAUGUCUUAUCGUUCCAUAGUUCCUAAUACUGUCACUCAGAAUAUAGUCUUGAGUGGUUAUGGUAGAGCAAGCAAGUAUGCAGAAAUGGAGAAAGUGCUUUUAGGGAUGCUAGAAAGUGCUGACAGCAAACCUGAUGUAUGGACUAUGAACACUAUCCUGAGCAUAUUUGGCAACAAGGGGCUGAUUGAAAUGAUGGAGAGAUGGUAUGAAAAAAUCCGUAAUUUUGGGAUUGAGCCUGAAACGCGAACAUUUAAUAUCCUCAUUGGUGCUUAUGGGAAGAAAAAGAUGUAUGAUAAAAUGUCAUCUGUAAUGGAGUACAUGCGUAAACUCUCAUAUCCAUGGACCACAUCAACAUACAAUAAUGUCAUUGAGGCGUUCUCAGAUGCAGGUGAGGCAAAGCAUAUGGAAUACACCUUUGAUCAAAUGCGUGCCGAAGGGAUGAAAGCUGACACCAAGACCUUUUGCUGUCUUGUCAGGGGAUAUGCAAAUGCAGGCCUUUUUCAUAAGGUGAUCAACACUGUCCAGUUAGCUGGGAAAUUGGAGAUCCCUGAAAACACUUCCUUAUUCAAUUCUGUUAUUUAUGCGUGUGCAAAGGCCGAGGACGUAAUGGAGAUGGAGAGGGUUUUCAAGCGAAUGAAAGAUAAGCAAUGUCGACCUGAUCUCAUGACUUACUCUACUAUGAUUAAUGCAUACCAGAAAGAAGGCAUGACAGACAAAGUUUAUGAUUUGGAACAAGAAAAGCUCAUGAUGGUUGCCAUUCACUCCAAUGACAGCCACAAUGAUGAAGAAAAGCUAGAGCUGCUGCCUACUUGAAAGCUAAUUAUGCAAUAUCUGUGAACAAUGCAUCCAAGCUACAUCUUUUGUUUGUUUUAUAUAGAACUUAGAUUGCCUAGAUCAUCUAGCUGUUUUUCUGAAACUAAUAAUUGUCCACUGUCAUUGAGUUUAUGAAGUUAAGAGGUGACCUAGGUAUGACUAAACACUUAUUACUGAUGAUUAUUUCUGGUGUACAUCAAAUUGAAAUGGAUAUUUUGUUUUCUGUUUA